UUUGCAGGGUUAUUGAUUUUGAGGAGCUUGCACUUAUAUAUAUAGAAUUUAACACUAUUUUGCUUAUGUGCUUGAGACGCAUAAUUUCUUAAGGACUUUUAUAGUAGUUUUGACUUUAACAGUCAACUAUCACCAUCUUUUCUAUAGUCUAUACAGAUACAAUUCUUCACAAGCGGAUCUUUUACUGCAGACAAAGAGUAGGCACCGAGAUUUUUCAUCAGGAUCACAAACAUGGAGGGGGAAGCAUCAAAAAGGAUUUCUGUAGUGACUGGUGCAAACAAAGGGAUUGGGUUGGAGAUUGUGAAGCAGCUUGCUAGCAAUGGAAUCAUGGUGUUGUUGACUGCUAGGGAUGAGAAGAGAGGCACUGAAGCUGUUGAGAAGCUCAAAGAUUCUGGCUUCUCUGAUGUGGUUUUUCAUCAGUUGGAUGUGUCUGACACUGCUAGCGUUUCCACUUUGGCUGAUUUCAUCAAAACACAAUUUGGGAAGCUUGAUAUCUUGGUUAACAAUGCUGCAGUUAGUGGAAUUUCUGUAGAUCUUCAUUCUCUAGAUUCAUCAACAAAAGAAAGCAUUGAGCAAGGUGGAUUUCCGUCUUUCUUAAAGCUAUUGGCUGCAGCUGUAGAGGAUUAUGAGAAAGCAGAGGAAUGUUUGAACAUUAACUAUUAUGGCACCAAGAAAGUAAUAGAUGCUCUCAUGCCACUUCUUCAAUUAUCACAUUCACCAAGAAUUGUGAAUGUUUCAUCUAGUGGUGGAAAGCUUCAGUAUAUUCCUGGUGAAAGCAUCAGAAAAGAAUUUGGCGAUCCAGAUGGCUUGAGUGAAGAUAAAUUAGAUGAACUGUUGCAACUCUUUUUAAGUGAUUUCAAAGCAAAGAAAUUAGAGGAAAAUGGCUGGCCAACAAGAUCUUCUGCAUACAUAAUCUCAAAAGUAGCUUUGAAUGCUCUUACGAGGAUUCUUGCAAAGAAGUAUCCCAAAUUCUGCAUCAACUGUGUACAUCCUGGUUUUGUAAAAACCGAUUUAAAUUUUAAUACCGGGACCAUAACUGUUGAAGAAGGCGCAAAAGGUCCAGUCAUGUUGGCUUUGCUUCCUGAUGGCGGCCCUUCGGGUUUUUACUACGAUCUUACAUCGGUAUCAACUUAUGAAUAAGUUCUUUUCUUAAUGUUGGUGAAGUGUGUUAUAUUAAUAAAGUCUAUGAUUGUGUCAAAAUACAAUUUCUAUCCUAGUGUAUUAACAGACUUUAUAUUUGGUGCUAUUAUUAGUUGGAAAUGAUCUCUAUGUUUAAUAGACUA